CCAUACCGCGCUGAUCUCGCACGCCACUUUUACGUGACUUCACCGCCAUGUAUGGCUUCUCUUCAAACCAAUACCAUGGAGACAUGUCGAAGAUCAUUCAGAACAUCCCAUGUUAUCCAGACCAUCUCAGCAAUUCUUAUAUUGGGAAUGCUAAACUUACGAGUCGCAGAAUGUACAGUUAAGGUUUCGUCCACCUUGCAGUACCGGGCAAUAAAUUGUCGAAAGCAUAGUGCGAUUUUGACGGAAUUUGGAGCGGUUGGCGAUGGAAAAACAUCAAACACUAAAGCUUUCAUGGCUGCAAUUGAUAGCCUCGGCAAGCAUGCAGAAGAUGGUGGGGCGGAGCUUAUUGUACCUCCGGGAAAAUGGUUAACUGGAAGCUUUAAUCUCACUAGCCACUUCACUCUUUUUCUCCACGAGGAUGCUGUCAUUCUUGCAUCUCAGGAUAUGGAGUCAGAAUGGCCUCUUCUUCCUGCACUGCCUUCUUACGGGAGGGGAAGGGAUGCAGCUGGUGGGCGGUUCAGCAGUCUCAUAUUUGGAACAAAUCUCACAGACGUCGUAAUCACUGGUCACAAUGGCACGAUUGAUGGCCAGGGUGCAUUUUGGUGGGACAAGUUUCACAAUAAUGAGUUGAAAGUCACCCGACCAUACAUGAUCGAGCUCAUGUACUCUGAUCAAAUCCAGAUAUCUAAUCUUACGCUAAUCAACUCUCCAUCGUGGUUUGUCCAUCCGGUUUACAGCAGUAAUGUACUAAUCCAAGGACUGACGAUCCUUGCACCAGUUGACUCUCCUAACACUGAUGGGAUAGACCCAGAUUCGUGCACAAACACUCGUAUUGAAGAUUGCUUCGUAGUCUCAGGAGACGACUGCAUUGCCGUGAAAAGUGGUUGGGAUCAAUACGGAAUCAAAUUUGGAAUGCCCACAAAGCAGCUUGUCAUCAGAAGGCUUACUUGCAUUUCCCCCGACAGUGCUACCAUUGCUCUAGGCAGUGAAAUGUCUGGUGGAAUUCAAGAUGUUAGAGCCGAAGACAUCACAGCCAUUGAUACACAAUCAGGUGUUAGAAUCAAGACUGCCAUCGGAAGAGGAGCUUAUGUGAAGGACAUCUACGUGAGAAGAAUGACAUUCAAGACAAUGAAGUAUGUUUUCUGGAUGUCAGGGGCUUACAAUCAGCACCCUGACACUAGAUUCGAUCGAAAUGCCCUUCCAAAGAUUGAAGGAAUUAAUUAUAGAGACGUGGUGGCCGAGAAUGUUACUUAUUCAGCAAGACUUGAUGGAAUCUCUGACAAUCCUUUUACAGGAAUAUGCAUUUCUAAUGCUACUAUUACUUUGACUGCGAAGCCAAAGAAAUUGCAAUGGAACUGUACUGAUAUUGCGGGGGUGACAAGCAACGUGACUCCUCAGCCAUGUAGUUUGUUGCCGGAGAAAGAAGGUGUUGAUUGUCCCUUCCCCGAGGAUCGGCUGCCCAUUGAUGAUAUUCAGUUGAAGACUUGUUCUGCUAGUACCAGUGCCCUCGUGUAAGACGGUAAUGUAUUUUUGGAAAACUUUAUGUUUAGAAAAAGUUAAAUGGACCAAAUGAAGGUAGUUUCUCAAUUAAGUUCUAUUUUUCUUUUUGCUA